AUGUCUUACGCACGCUUUUUGAGCGUUGUUGUCCUCGCCAGCGCCGUUUGCGCAGCACCCGUCGAGCGACAGGAGCAGUCAUUUGGUCCAGACUCACAGAUCUCAGCACAGGUGCCUACUCCAACUGUCGGAUAUCCUGUCGUUGUCUACGAGAAUGGCUACACUAGCGCGACUUACCAUGGACCAUACACCGGUACAGCCACGGUCACCGGCGCUGCCAAUGGACCAGAGACUCUCGCCGCAUCCAUUGCACCCGGACCGCCAAACCCAACGGCCACAUAUUAUAACUCCGAAGGCGUGCCCUUGAACCCUAUGCCGGCACCCUACACACCGGCGGGUGGUCUAGGCACUAACGGCACCUUGCCACGCUACAUGGUUGAGAGUGACUUCGACUUCGAGUCUAUUGCUUUGGGCCUCUAUCAGGAGUGGAUCGAAUUGGACCUCUUUCACGAUGGGCUCGCGCGCUUCAGUGACGCCGAAUUUACUGCUGCCGGCCUCGGGCCGGAAGCGCGAAGCCUUAUCGAGUUCAUGGCCAACCAGGAGUCGGGCCACGCGACUCUACUCACAAACAUGCUUGGUGAGAGAGCACCAAAAGAAUGCAUCUAUAACUAUCCGUACACAACAGUACGUGAAUGGGUCGAUUUCAUGCAAAGACUCACCCGCUUCGGCGAGAGUGGUGUUUGGGGCUUCAUCAAUCACCUGGAUAGCCGCGAGGUUGGUCAACUUCUCGCACAAUCAAUUGCCACGGAGGCUCGCCAGCAGCAAGUGUUCCGACAGAUGUCAGGUCUGACACCCAUGGAUGUCUGGUUUGAGAACGGAUGGCCUCAGUCGUGGGCAUGGACCAUGCUGGCACCAUACAUCAGCUACUGUCCCGAGAACCAGACUCGCCUUGUCUGGCAGAACUUCCCGACCUUACAUAUUCUGAAUAACGCCAACAUAAAUCGAUUCUCUCCGAACGACACUUCACAGAAUGGCAACGAAACGGUUGGCGACAGAAUUGCGGACCCUAGCCUUAGCACCAUUCCCGACUCCGCGUCUUGCGAAUAUCUUACCGGCCCACCUGGUUACGCAUGUGAGCCAGCAGUCGCGCACAACAAAUCCGAGCCCCUUUCGUUUCCGGGCAAGAAAAUUCUAUUCGAAUGGGAUGCUCCUGGACAAGCAGUUGGGCCAAACAACAGCUACGUUACGUCCACGAAUGCUGGCUCGCCCAAAUUUGUCGCGUGGAGUAACCAGCUCAAUCUGACGUACUCGGCGCUCACCCUGACAGGUAAUAAUUCUGGCUUUACCUAUCAACCCGAGGGAUAUGUCUACGGCGACGACGGUAUCAUCAACGGAACUAUGGCGGUGCUGCUGACAGACUUGGAUUUGUACGUGACGCCUUUCAACACCAGCAUGUUGAACCCGCAUGUUGUGGCUCUGGGCAUGUACCAGGCAGGCUAA